AUGUCUUCCGUUAUCAUCGGAGGUGUUAAUGUGGUUGCCACUGUUGUUUCCAUUUUCUCUGUGGACAAGUUUGGAAGAAGGAUAUUGUUCCUCGAAGGUGGUAUUCAAAUGCUUGUUUGUCGGCUUGUUGUUGGAACCAUGAUUGCUAUGAAGUUUGGAGUGAGCGGUGAAGGCUCAUUUACCAAUGGAGAAGCUAGUCUCCUCUUAUUCUUUAUAUGUGCAUAUGUUGCAGCAUAUGCAUGGUCUUGGGGUCCACUAGGGUGGUUGGUUCCAAGUGAAAUAUGUUCUCUUGAGGUUCGAUCGGCAGGUCAAAGCACCAAUGUUGCUGUAAACGUGUUGUUCACCUUUGUCAUUGCUCAAAUUUUCCUAACCAUGCUGUGUCACUUGAAGUUUGGCCUUUUCUUCUUCUUUGCUGGAUUUGUGCUUAUCAUGACCAUUUUUGUCGCCUUGUUCCUACCCGAGACAAGGAACGUCCGAAUUGAAGAAAUGAAUAGAAUGGCGGGUGGAGCUUUAGUUACUCUAGAAAACGGAAGACAAUAUGAGGGUAAGAUCACAACGUUUGUGUUGGUCACGUGUUUUGUAGCAGCCAUGGGUGGUUUACUCUUUGGUUAUGAUCUUGGGAUCACGGGAGGAGUGACUUCCAUGGAACCUUUCCUGAUAAAAUUCUUUCCUAGUGUUUAUAAACAAAUGCAAGACGAAUCUAACCACGAAAGCCAAUAUUGCAAAUUUGACAAUGAGCUCCUUACUUUGUUCACCUCUUCAUUAUAUCUUGCUGCAUUAGUAGCUUCUUUCUGUGCUUCCACCACCACAAGAAUGAUGGGACGCAAGACCUCAAUGUUUGUAGGUGGUUUGUUUUUCCUUGUUGGUGCUUUGUUGAAUGGUUUUGCCAUCAAUAUUGAGAUGCUUAUCAUAGGUCGUUUAUUGCUUGGUUUUAGUGUUGGAUAUUGUAAUCGGUCUCGUACUGUGUAUUUGUUCGAAAUGGCCCCAACAACGAUAAGAGGUGCACUCAACAUUGGAUUUCAAAUGAUGAUCACAAUUGGCAUAUUAAUUGCAAACCUUAUCAACUAUGGGACUGCAAAACUAGAAUAUGGUUGGAGAAUUUCUUUAGGUAUUGGUGCAGUCCCCGCAAUAAUGCUAUGUGUAGGAUCUCUUUUCUUAGGUGACACACCAAACUCUCUGGUUGAAAGAGGUAAAAUAGAAGCAGCUAAGAAAAUGUUGCAAAGGAUUCGUGGCGUUGAUAAUGUCGAUGAGGAGUUCCAAGAGCUUGUUGAUGCGACUAAAGCAGCCAAAGAUGUGGAACACCCAUGGAAGAACAUUAUACAACCAAAAUAUAGGCCUCAACUCACUUUUUGCUCUCUGAUUCCAUUCUUCCAACAAUUCACCGGUAUCAAUGUCAUAAUGUUUUAUGCACCCGUCCUCUUUAAAACUUUAGGCUUUGGAAGCGAUACUUCCCUUAUGUCUUCCGUUAUCACCGGAGGUGUUAAUGUGGUUGCCACUGUUGUUUCCAUUUUCUCUGUGGACAAGUUUGGAAGAAGGAUAUUGUUCCUCGAAGGUGGUAUUCAAAUGCUUGUUUGUCAGCUUGCUGUUGGAACCAUGAUUGCUAUGAAGUUUGGAGUGAGCGGUGAAGGCUCAUUUACCAAUGGAGAAGCUAGUCUCCUCUUAUUCUUUAUAUGUGCAUAUGUUGCAGCAUAUGCAUGGUCUUGGGGUCCACUAGGGUGGUUGGUUCCAAGUGAAAUAUGUUCUCUUGAGGUUCGAUCGGCAGGUCAAAGCACCAAUGUUGCUGUAAACAUGUUGUUCACCUUUGUCAUUGCUCAAAUUUUCCUAACCAUGCUGUGUCACUUGAAGUUUGGCCUUUUCUUCUUCUUUGCUGGAUUUGUGCUUAUCAUGACCAUUUUUGUCGCCUUGUUCCUACCCGAGACAAGGAACGUCCGAAUUGAAGAAAUGAAUAGAAUGGCGGGUGGAGCUUUAGUUACUCUAGAAAACGGAAGACAAUAUGAGGGUAAGAUCACAACGUUUGUGUUGGUCACGUGUUUUGUAGCAGCCAUGGGUGGUUUACUCUUUGGUUAUGAUCUUGGGAUCACGGGAGGAGUGACUUCCAUGGAACCUUUCCUAAUAAAAUUCUUUCCUAGUGUUUAUAAACAAAUGCAAGACGAAUCUAACCACGAAAGCCAAUAUUGCAAAUUUGACAAUGAGCUCCUUACUUUGUUCACCUCUUCAUUAUAUCUUGCUCGCAUUAGUAGCUUCUUUCUGUGCUUCCACCACCACAAGAAUGAUGGGACGCAAGACCUCAAUGUUUGUCGUUUAUUGCUUGGUUUUGGUGUUGGAUAUUGUAAUCAGUCUGUACCUGUGUAUUUGUCUGAAAUGGCCCCAACAACGAUAAGAGGUGCACUCAACAUUGGUUUUCAAAUGAUGAUCACAAUUGGCAUAUUAAUUGCAAACCUUAUCAACUAUGGGACUGCAAAACUAGAAUAUGGUUGGAGAAUUUCUUUAGGUAUUGGUGCAGUCCCCGCAAUAAUGCUAUGUGUAGGAUCUCUUUUCUUAGGUGACACACCAAACUCUCUGGUUGAAAGAGGUAAAAUAGAAGCAGCUAAGAAAAUGUUGCAAAGGAUUCGUGGCGUUGAUAAUGUCGAUGAGGAGUUCCAAGAGCUCGUUGAUGCGACUAAAGCGACCAAAGAUGUGGAACACCCAUGGAAGAACAUUAUACAACCAAAAUAUAGGCCUCAACUCACUUUUUGCUCUCUCGAUUCCAUUCUUCCAACAAUUCACCGGUAUCAAUGUGUUAAUGUGGUUGCCACUGUUGUUUCCAUUUUCUCUGUGGACAAGUUUGGAAGAAGGAUAUUGUUCCUCGAAGGUGGUAUUCAAAUGCUUGUUUGUCAGCUUGCUGUUGGAACCAUGAUUGCUAUGAAGUUUGGAGUGAGCGGUGAAGGCUCAUUUACCAAUGGAGAAGCUAGUCUCCUCUUAUUCUUUAUAUGUGCAUAUGUUGCAGCAUAUGCAUGGUCUUGGGGUCCACUAGGGUGGUUGGUUCCAAGUGAAAUAUGUUCUCUUGAGGUUCGAUCGGCAGGUCAAAGCACCAAUGUUGCUGUAAACAUGUUGUUCACCUUUGUCAUUGCUCAAAUUUUCCUAACCAUGCUGUGUCACUUGAAGUUUGGCCUUUUCUUCUUCUUUGCUGGAUUUGUGCUUAUCAUGACCAUUUUUGUCGCCUUGUUCCUACCCGAGACAAGGAACGUCCGAAUUGAAGAAAUGAAUAGAAUUUUGUUCUUUAUCAUCGCUUUUGGUUAA